UCAACUCGAUGGCGACUCACGACAAACCCUAUCCCCUGCUCGCCCCCGAACCCUCGCGGCCGAUUCCGAGCACUUCUCUCUCUCUCUCUCUCUCUCUCUCUCCCUCGCCGGUGUUGUCGCUCUCCGUUCGAUUCGGUGCCCUUCUCCCUCCUCUCGAUUCUCUAAAGCAGUGAUCGGAUUGCCAGUUAUGGAUACCAUUGCUCCUCUGCAGGAUGUCAUGCUGGAAUUUCGUGCUGGCAGGAUGAACCGUGAGGGGACACGAGUUGUUCCAGACAGCCGUAAGGGGCUUGUCCGCAUUGGGAGGGGGGAGGAAGGUCUAGUGCACUUUCAGUGGAUUGAUCGGAACCUGAACGUAGUUGAAGAAGAUCAGAUCGUCUUUCCAAAUGAGUCUGUUUUUGAAAAGGUGAGUCAAUCUUCGGAAAGAGUAUACAUUUUGAAGUUCAGCUCUGAUGACAGGAAAUUCUUCUUCUGGAUGCAAGAACCAAGAGCUGAUGGCGACCUACAAAUAUGCAACUCAGUUAACAGCUACCUCAACCAUCCUUUAGAUGUAAUUGGUGAAGAUGAAGCUGAGGUUUCAAUUCCUAUGCAAAUGUCUGAAAUGUCAGAAGAUACAGCUGAUGAUGAUUUCUCUUCUAGAGCGGGGAAUUUAGUUGAUCAAAGCAUGGCAGCGGAAUUGGCUGGUGAAGUGACAUCUUCUGCUGGACCUGUACAAAUGGAAGAUUUACAGAGAAUAUUAAGAAGUAUUCAACCAGCAGAUGCUGUUGAAGAUCCUUAUGCCGGUAUAGGAUUAGGAGAUAUCUUAAAGCCCGAGUUGGUCUUGCCACUUAUCGAGACAUUGCCGGUUGAAGAACGGUUGGCAUCGUACUUACCUGAGGGUUCACAAACUCGUGCUGAUAUCAUCGAGUUGCUUCAGAGUCCUCCAUUUCGCCAACAAGUGGACACAUUUACUCAUGUUCUUCGAAUGGGCCAAGUAGACUUAUCUCAGUUUGGAAUUGAUCCAAGUAAAUACAAGUUCACCGUUCUCUCGUUUCUCGAGGCUCUAGAAGACUCGGUUUCAAAAGCUUCAGAUUCUUUAGGCUCGGGAUCGAUGCAAGAUGAGAACAAAGACUCCCAGUCGCAGAGGUGUAGUGGCGGCGAUGCCAUGGACGAAAGCUGAUAUCGUCGACUUUGUAGGGUUACUGUAUCACUCGGCGCAUCACCGAAAAACGGAGAAAUUAUUCCCUCUCGCGGGAAAAAAGAAUGGAGGAUGGAAGGUACACUUUGCUCUUCCUGUGGGGUCUUCUGCUUGGCUUAAGAGUGAGAGUGGCAUGUGAGAUUGAAUGAUUGCUUCGCGGUUGUAUCCUCCGGUUUAUUUAGGGACAAAUUUACAGACAUUGAUCAUUGUACUAUUCAUUAAUUUCUCUCUCUCUCUCUCUCUCUCUAUUGUUCUUCUUGUUUUCAAGGACAAUAAUACUUUGUUUAGUUAUUGUUUUCCUACUACCUGGUAGAAUUGCUUGGGCUAUUGCUUCUGUGUACUGCUAUAUCCUUUUGUUUUUAGGUAUCUUUUAUACA